UUCUGGAGGAGACACACACACACACACGGGAAAGGGACGGCACGCGCUCUCCGGCUCUUUCCUAUCUGUCAUCGAACAGUGAAGACAGAUGCUUUUCUAGCUGUGCCGCCUGCGUCCAGCCCGUACGCCGGAUUUCUCCUCCAUUCGGCCGAACCUGGCACUGAACCCAGCCAACCUGGGCCGGGCCGCGGGGGCUGUUCGGCGAGCCUCGUAGCUGAAGUGGACACCCGAAGAUGAGCGCCUGGAGACCCGGGAGCGGGGCUCUCUCUUCGCCGGGCGGACGUUCCGGGUCGUGGCGGUGCUGGUGGUGGUGGGUUCUGUUCAUCGGGGUGUCAGUGGGCUCUGGGGACCCGUGGAUGUCCGCGGAGGCAUGCCCGUCCUCUUGCUCUUGCAGCAGCACCAGGAUCUCGUGCGUGGAUCCGGAACGGGGCAUCAACGCGUUCCCGGUCCUGCAGAGCGAGGCGGAGAUGGAGAACAUCACCGACAUUUACAUCGCCAACCAGGGCAGCUUCUCCUCCAUCAACGACAAAGACCUGCACUACUACAAGAACCUCAGGAACCUAACUGUGACCAACAGCAGGCUAACAUAUGUGUCGAAGCUGGCCUUUCAGAAUAACAUCAAAAUACAAUACCUGAAUCUGAAAGAUAACAACCUGUCGUCACUCUCCUGGAGGAUAUUCAAACACCUCAACAUGUCUUAUCUGAUCCUGACAGGCAACCCUCUGCACUGCUCCUGUGAGAACAUGUGGAUCAAGCUGUGGUUGGGAGAGGAAGCAGACACUCAGGAGCUGCACUGCAUUGAGGACGGAGUAGGACGCAAGCUGCUGUCCAGACUGACACUACCUAACUGUGAGGUUCCCAUGGCAACGUUGAGCCCAUCCAAAGUGAGACUAAUGGAGGGGAAGCACGUGGAUCUGUCCUGUGAGACCUCCGGGGUUCCCUCACCUGAGCUGAUUUGGAACAUGGCGUUGGUCUCCAACUAUGAGAUCGAGACAUCGGGGCAGCUUUCUGUGCUACGACUGUCCAACCUGUCAUCAAUGGACCACAACAGCAAGAUAAGCUGCACAGCCGAAAACAUCGUUGGAGACAAAGAGUCCUCGCUGCUGCUGGAUAUACUUUUCCCUCCAAAAAUCCUUAAACUGAGUGAUGCAAUCAAUGACCAUCACUGGUGCAUCCCCUUCAGUAUAACAGGAAACCCGAAGCCAAAGCUGCAGUGGUUUCUGGACGAUAAAGCAGUGACGGAGGGGCCAUUCAUCGAGACUAAGAUUCACGACAUCACAGACAGGGAAUACCACGGCUGCCUGCAGCUGGACAGCCCCACGCACCUCAACAAUGGCCGCUACAGGCUCUUGAUCAAAAACGAAUAUGGGUCAGACGAAAAGGAGGUGGAAGCUCACUUCAUGCGCAAGCCCUGGGAUGGAACGGAUAAGGAGCCGUACUAUUAUGUUGGUGAGGAUCUAAUCACAGAGGGCCCCCCUGUAGAGCCCCCUGAAGACAGAGUCGCCGUGUACGUGGUCGUGGGCAUUGCUGCUGUCGCCUUCACCGGUUUCCUUCUGAUGUUGGUUAUUCUGAAGUUUGGUGGGAACUCCAAGUUUGGCAUCAAAGGAUCAUCUUCGGUGAUCAGUAACGACGACGACUCGGCCUCCCCUCUUCAUCACGUGUCCAAUGGAAGCAACACUCCUUCAUCCUCAGAGAUGGGCCCCGACGCGGUGAUCAUCGGCAUGACCAAGAUCCCAGUGAUAGAAAACCCCCAGUACUUCAGGAGCACCAACAGCCUGCUCAAAACUGACACGUUUGUCCAGCAUAUUAAGAGACACAACAUCGUGCUGAAGAGGGAGCUGGGAGAGGGAGCUUUUGGAAAAGUCUUCCUGGCCGAGUGUUACAACCUUUCACCUGACCAGGAGAAGAUACUGGUGGCUGUCAAGACACUCAAAGAGGCCAGUGAGAAUGCAAGGAAGGAUUUCCACCGUGAGGCUGAGCUGCUGACCAACCUUCAGCACGAACACAUUGUCACUUUCUAUGGGGUCUGCGUGGACAGCGACCCACUCAUCAUGGUGUUUGAGUACAUGAAACACGGAGACCUCAACAAGUUCCUCAGGGCUCACGGUCCGGAUGCCGUUCUGAUGGCCGAGGGCCAAACCACCCGACCUGUGGAGCUGACCCAGUCUCAGAUGCUGCACAUCGCCCAGCAAAUAGCAUCUGGCAUGGUUUACCUGGCCUCACAGCACUUUGUGCAUCGCGACCUGGCCACCAGGAAUUGCCUGGUGGGCGAGAACCUGCUGGUAAAGAUUGGAGACUUUGGCAUGUCAAGAGAUGUCUACAGCACUGACUACUACAGGGUAGGUGUUGGAGGUCACACCAUGCUGCCAAUCCGCUGGAUGCCCCCUGAAAGCAUCAUGUACAGGAAGUUCACCACAGAGAGCGACGUUUGGAGUCUAGGAGUGGUUCUCUGGGAGAUCUUCACGUAUGGAAAACAGCCUUGGUACCAGCUCUCCAAUAAUGAGGUAAUAGAGUGCAUAACCCAGGGCCGGGUGCUGCAGCGCCCGAGGACCUGUCCGAAAGAAGUAUACGACCUGAUGCUGGGCUGCUGGCAGAGAGAGCCGCACAUGAGACUCAACAUCAAAGAAAUCCACUGUCUGCUCCUCAAUCUGGCCAAAGCGUCACCUGUAUACCUGGAUAUACUGGGCUGAACACAGGCGGACCAUAGAGUGUGUUUGUGUGGGUCCAGGUGUGGAUGACUGCUGUAUCCUAGUGCGUCUGUGUAUCUGAGGUUGCAUGCGUAUGUGUGUGUGUGUGUGUGUGUGUGUGUGUGUGUGUGUGUGUGUGUGUGUGUGCGCGCGCGUCAAAGGGUGGAAGCGGUGACACUUUUGGAUUAAAUAAAGUGUGUUAAUUCUCUUGCAAGUUGUACAGUUAUAGCUGUACAGGAUGUGAAGCUGUUAUCAAACUCUUCAUCUCAAUCAAAACCUUCAACUCUUCAACUCUCCUCCUCCUCCCCUCCCUCCUUCCCGGAGAGACGUUCACUAGGAGUAAUUUAACCUUGUAUGGGGUGUGAAAUUUAUUUUCAAAUGCUUUGAAAUGAAUAGAUGAAAAUCUGAUUAACGGGACUUAACAUUUUAAUGACUCAUACCCCCCGCUGUCUGUCGGACAACAGGAAAUUUCAAGGAAACGCAGCUUUGGGAAGAAAUUCCGGAAGCUUCGAGACUUUUUGCGUGUAAAUAUGAAACUGAGACAUGCUGAGACAUUGCAGAGGACAUCGCUCGGUGCUUUGUCGAGCCGUAGAGACACUGUGUUUUCCCGGAUCUGGCUGUCUGGCUGUAUGUCCAUGAGUAACGGUAAUGUCAGCAUUCAUCCGACACGGCUGGAGGAAUUGACCACGCGGUGAUGAUUUACACACUGGUACAACAUACAGCAGACCGGCUGUAACGGGAGGAAUGACCGGGAGAGGCAAACACGAUCUGGUUUCACACCUUCGGAUGUGUUGUUGGCUAAUUUCACAAAAAAACAACAACAACAACAACGCAAUCACUCACAAUAGAGUGCCUACUGAAGCUGAGCUGAACUGCUGGUGAAAAAGGCCGAGGUAUUCUACUAUACUGUGUAGUUGUGAAUCCUUUAACUGUAUAAACUUGAUCUAUAAUAUCUCCUCAUGCAAAAGUCUGAGAUACAUGAUCUUAAGGACUUAUUCACUCAUAUUAGCUUUUCUGUUUCCAAUUACCUAUUUACUUUACUUGCUUGGUCAUACAGCACAGGGUAACAUGAUGACUCCUUUUUUUCCUUCCCACCCCCCUGAAGUGACAGAUGCUUCACUUGUGAUUUCAAGCGUUCAUGUCGGAGGUCAAUUGAUUCAUUUGUCCGCAGCUGUGCGAUAAUCGGGAGGUCGUGGUUGGGGGGGGGUGGGGGGGAGGGGGGGUUGUAAAAGUUGCUAUGGGAUGCUGGGUUUUGAGUGGUCGGAUCACGGUCAGAUGUGUUGGUGACGGCGCUGUUAAAGGUGUGGUUCAUCUGGUCAACCCAUAUUAAAUCAUCAAGGCUCUCAGCACUCAGACAUCCUUGAAAACCACAUCUGUGCUGGAGGCUUAUGGGAACACACACACACCAACACACAAACACUAUAUACCUUAUCCCGGCAUCCCUGCUAGACAAACACACGUUUGAAACACACACACAGACAAUGAAAGACACUCAAAACGGGACUAGAAGGAAAUUGAAUUGUGCAUGCUUUAUUAUUUGAGCGCUGCAGUGCUUUAGCAAGGCCCCGUCCACUGUAAUGGUGUAAUGUAUAUUUCAUUACAGCCUAAUGGGAUCCAUUAGCACAGUCUCCUCACAGACAUUCAAGACUUAUUGUUUUAUGGCUGAGAAGGAAGGAUAGAGAGGAGAGGAGAGAUGAAGGAGAAGACAACAGAGAAGGGGGGGGGGGGGUGAGGAGCAGUGGGAAGGAGAAAUAGGAGAGGUAAUAAUGCACAUUGAGAAACGAAUGGGGUAGAAAGGAGAAGCCGGUCGCAGUGAAAAAGGUCGGAAUGGGUCACGUGGAGAAAGAUGAAGGGAGAUGGAGGGAGAGGAGAUGGACGAGUGAGAAGGGAGGAAGGGGGAGAGGUUUGAAUGCCCUCAGGGAGGAAAGUUAAAGCAAACAUCUAUCAUUGCCGCGGCCCCCAGAUGUUCUGUGAAGCUAAAAUUUCAACCUCACGCUCCGAUCACAUUCAUACCUCCACCACGCGCACGCACACGCACACGCACACGCACACGCUACAGUUCACACAUUCUUACUGGCAAUCCACAAACAAGCUCAAUAAUGCACCGCACAUCCCCAUUAUUGAGAACCACUUCACUCACUUACAGAACAGCUCAGACGUGUGGUCCAACCCCUGCAGGCACUCAAGCGCUCACAGGCGAGCAGGGAAACACUUUUAUUGUUUGAUUUUUAAUUUUACUGGCACCUUUUUUCACUUUUUGCCGACACCGUGAGGAGUCACAAUCCCUGCAUUUAGCUGUAAAUACAUCAAUAUGAAUGAUACGUCUCAUUUGUUGUUUAUUAACAGCAGCACUUGAUGGUAUUGAUGUUUGUGAACUUGAAAAUGUUGAUUUGAUUGAUUUAUAGUAUUCUUUGUAAAUCAAGGAGAAUUUUCUAUAUUUCUUUCUAUAACUAAUUUUGCCUUUCGCAACAGCAAGCUGAUACUGAUCACUGGUCUAACUGAUGAUGUUUUAGCUAAUGUGUAAGACAUGUGUGUAUGGUUUCAUGUCGGGGUCCCUCCUGACAGCGUCCCCUCACGAAAAACCAAACUCUACAGCGGGGAUGGAUAAUAGUCUCACCAGUCGCCACGUCUGUAGACUGAGUUUGACACGUUGCACAGCCGUCCGUACCAGUCAGAGCGGGCCGGUCGAAGGCGCUCUAGUUGCCGACGCGGCCCCUCACAAUCCACCCCCACUGCGGCCGAGUGAAAAGACGCCCCACAGAGACGGAGGGCGGCGUGAGGCGGGGGCCUCACUGGCGGCCACUCGGCUGCACAGUGUUUGUAGCCUGCACACCUGCUUUUUCUAUUUUUUCUUAUUUGUUUUUUUUUUACAAACGGCGUCUAGCUGGGCGGCUGGGUUGUUUUGGACAGUUAGCCGAAAGGAUGGCGCUGGCAGAGGGGGGGGUUGUUUGGAUAACUAAGGAGGGGGCUCUCAUGGCACUGAUGCCUCGGAUCAAAAGUUAUUAGUUCAACAGAGAGAGGAUACGAGCAAAAAAUGGGAGGAAAAACAACCCGUGCUGUACGAAUGGAAAAGGAGGCACUGACAAUCACAGACUUCUCUUUCUCCCUGCAAGUGACCUACGGUGAAGUAGACUUCUCAGCCAACUUUCCUCCUCGAUGCUGCCUAUGCUGUACGUGAUAGUCCUAAACGUUGGUCGCUAGAAAAGCUACUUUUUCUUUUCUUUUUUGUAUAACAAAAUAACAGCGAGAGGAAUGAACAAAAAUACUUGUACAAAAUGUGAAUACGCUGCUGAAAGAAAUGAGGAUUGCUAACUGCUUUGUCCGAGACUGUGUCAGUAUCUAGAUUGUACUGUUGUCUGCUUUUGUCUUAGAAAUGAGGACAGAGAAAUUUCAUAGCUGCGUGGGAUCGCACAAAUACACAACCACAACAUGCAGGAGUGCAGAGUGUGGAUGCUUUGUCUCCCAGUGGUGUGUGUGUGUGUGUGUGUGUGUGUGUGUGUGUGUGUGUGUGUGUGUGCGUUUGUAGAGAAGAUGCCAGAGUGAGUCAGUAGGGAUCCGUAGGCCGGGUUCAGACUCCAGACAAAUCCUAGUACAAAUGCAAAAAAAGAUUAAACUGAGUCUUUGUUGUUACUGUUCACCAAUUUGUGAUAAGUGACUUUAAACGGUCGUCAAUAGCUUUGGUGUUAUGGCAGCUGAUAUCCAUGGGAUCACUCAAUUCCUUUUGUAUGACUCAAAAAAUCCUCCACACUGCUCUCUGAAGUUCGGGCUUCACGGUAUUUCCGGAAUACCAAUGGAUCCGUUAUCAUAACUAUCGCCUCACUACCACAGAAAUACCGCUCUGACUUUGGGCUAAACCAUGUGACUCAGCGAACAUAUUCCUUAUGUAUACACGUCCCAACUUUGAGCGUGUUGUGAUCCAUAUCACAGUUAAUACCCCCCCGCCCCCCACACCUCACAAUCAGAGCUAUUAGAGCUGAAAUAUCUUAAAGGUCAUCUGUGAGAUUGCCCGUGUGCUCGGAUGCUUCUGGAGCCCCUACGCCCUGAAGAAUGUAAUACCACAAAAAACUGCUCAACUGCUGCAAAAAAAAGAAAAUUUAAACUGUGAUUUGCUUCAUGCAGUAUCUGUUUUUCAGUAUUUGGGUUUUGUCUGCUAUUUGUUUCUGUGUUUAGAGGGUUUUGAAGCUGCCGCCGUGGUAGGAGAAAAGGAAGUAGAGGAUUUUAGUGGAUGUUUGGCUUAUAGUAGGUCAGAGGACGAAACCCUGUAAUUUUUCUGUAUGAAGAGAUGUUGAAAUGUUAUUUCUAUGCCUACAACUGCUUCUCAAAGUGAAAGAAACAUCUGUACUGCAGAGCACACAAGAUAAUUAACAGCUGGUCUGAUUCAGCUAAUGUCUGAUUUUGCAAGAUGGUUGUUGUUCAGUAAAGCGACAUUUUUGACACCACUCAUUUGUGCUCUGCGGGGAACACACACACACACACACACACACACACAAUCAUACACCAGAGGGAACUUGUACAGUCAUACAGUUUUGCCUGGUGGAAAUGAUCACGGUGAAUCAUGAUGGUAAUGAUGACAAUGAUGAUGAUUUUUCCCUGAACGUGGACCAGUCUGUCGUGAUACAAUGUCAUUAAUAAAAAGUGUUAUGUCACACCAAA